UUUUGAAACCCCACCCUCUUUACUGACUGUAAGCAUAGACGUAGAAGUGGUUCGAGGUCCUGGCGAGUGGACACUGACCGAGGAAGAGGAGUAUGAUAAUCAGUUAUGAUGGAGUUAUGGCGCUGUUUGGAUACCGAAUGUAACAACAAGACCACCGAGCGGGACCAGGCCACGCAAUGAACUCCAAAUAGGAAGCAGCAGGAUUUGUUUUUACUGCGUGUUUCUGUCUGGAAAGUAAAGUCAAGCAGGUUUGGAUAGCUCUUCCUGUUACAAAGUCGGCGGUUCCUAAGUUUGUGUGUUGUGAUAUAGCCCAAUUCAUCGCGUGCUUCUGCUCUCAUAACACCGUGAGUAUGGAUACUCUCGCGCAAUGGGAUGCGGGAUUUCCUGCGGGAGCGCCGCUACAUUGCGGUCACACGCGGUUAUUGGAGAUUUGGGCUUAAUAAUGCGAACUGCUCAGCUCUGAAACUUGUCGUGAAACACUGGUUGGCUGGACUGAAUGCUCCUUUCCUGCUAUUCUUCUCCGCUUCUCAGCGCUUCCUGCUUGUGGUGGCCACUGCACUUAAUGGCUAAAAAUACAUUAAAAACUCAAAUGGACAGCUAAAUGCAGAGUGAACCUCACCUUGGAGUUGCAAUUGCAGCACUAGAAGUGCUUUACAACAAGCUUUGGGCACUUUUAGCCCUCCAAAUCAGAAUUCAACAGGUGGCAAUUGAAUGAGGGAAGAGAAGAGCUAAUUCACCCAUAAUGAGGUGAUUCAAGAGUCUCUUAAAUACAGGCUGGUGAAAUUAUAUUGUGCUCAAACCAUGUGUUGGGAAACCACACACCACAUCACUUGAACGGAGAGAAAUUCAGUAGAGACAGUGCUGCCUUUCCGAGCUUUGAAACACUUAAUCAAACAAGAGCAAUCUCUCGACUGAUUGUGCAUUUUCAAAUGAAGAGCUUUGCAUUUAAUGUCAAGACGAAUGAAAGACACUUACCAUUCAGUUAUCUUUGAAUCCUCUUGUGUAGCCCACUUGUUGGUCAAGCUUUUGAACACAUUUCAGUGGUCCCUGAUGAACCAACAAGAAAGACAGGAAAGGGAGCGAGGCGCAAUAAAGUACUCCUUUGUACUUUAUUUUCAAACCCUUGGGGUGCAAAAUCAGAUCCAGUCAAAACAUCUGCGUGAGGCUCCAUGGAGCCACUGAAGAACAUAUUCAGUCGAGGCCCGCUGUCGAACUGGAAAAAUUUGGAACAAUCACAAAAAGGGAACUUCACCAACCCAGUGUGGACGGCCUUAUUCGACUAUGAGGCGUCCUGUAAAGAUGAGCUCACCUUGCGUAAAGGUGACCUGGUGGAAGUCCUCUCUCUGGACUCUGAGAUAUCAGGGGACGAGGGCUGGUGGGCGGGAAAGGUCAACAACAAGGUGGGCAUCUUUCCCUCCAACUAUGGCUCCUUCAAGCCCAGUGGAUAUGGGAAACUUCCGGGCACCGGCGUGGUCGCUGAGCUCGGCCCAGCCGUGGUGGGAGAGUUUGAACCCGCAGUGGUGGAUUUUCGGGAACUGAACCUGGAGGAGGUCAUAGGGGUCGGGGGUUUCGGGAAGGUGUAUCGCGGUACAUGGAGAGGCGGGUUGGUGGCUGUGAAGGCCGCCCGCCAAGACCCGGAUGAGGACAUCAGCGUGACGGCGCAGAAUGUGAGGCAGGAGGCGCGUCUGUUCGCCAUGCUCACCCACCCCAACAUCAUCGCCCUGAAAGGUGUUUGUCUGCAGGAGCCCAACCUGUGCCUCAUCAUGGAGUACGCCUCUGGUGGGCCACUGAGCCGGGCGCUGGCGGGCCGUCGCAUCCCGCCGCAUGUCCUGGUCAACUGGGCUGUACAGAUUGCCAAAGGGAUGCUGUACCUGCACAGCGAGGCGAUCGUCCCCGUCAUCCACCGGGAUCUCAAGUCCAACAACAUCCUUCUGGCUCAGCCCAUAGAGAAUGAAUGUAUGGAGGGUUUGACGUUGAAGAUCACUGACUUCGGCUUGGCGAGAGAGUGGCACAAGACCACCAAGAUGAGCACUGCUGGCACCUACGCCUGGAUGGCCCCUGAGGUCAUCAAGUCCUCCACGUUUUCCAAGGGCAGCGACGUCUGGAGCUAUGGUGUUCUGCUGUGGGAGCUGCUAACAGGAGAGGCACCCUACAAAGGGAUUGAUGGACUUGCUGUCGCCUAUGGAGUCGCCGUCAACAAGCUCACCCUGCCCAUCCCUUCCACGUGUCCCGAGCCCUUCGCCCAGCUCAUGUCAGAGUGCUGGGACCAGGACCCCCACCGCAGACCCAAUUUUUGCUCCAUUCUGGCCCAGCUGACGGCCCUGGAGCAGCAGGUGAAGGAAGAGAUGCCGCAGGACUCCUUCCACUCCCUGCAGGAGGACUGGAAACUGGAGAUCCAGGACAUGUUCGAUGAACUUCGGGCUAAAGAGAAGGAGCUGCGAUGUCGUGAGGAAGAGCUGAAGCGAGCAGCGCUGGAGCAGAAGUCCCAUGAAGAGUUCCUGCGGCAGCGUGAGCAGCAACUGGCCCAGUGGGAGCAGGAUGUGUUUGAGCGCGAGCUCAGCCUCCUCAUCCUCCACCUGAACCAGAACCAGGAGAAACCCAACGUUAAGAAGAGGAAGGGCACCUUCAAGAAGCACAAGCUUAAGUCCAAAAAUGGCGAGAAGAUCAGCAUGCCCCAAGAUUUCAUCCAUAAGAUUACAGUGCAGGCAUCUCCAGGCCUGGAGAAGAGGCGGAACUCUCCUGAUUUGGGUUCGGGCUCCUCACCCUCCUUCGGUCCACGUUUCCGUGCAAUCCAACUCAGUCCUAGUGACAACAGCAGGACGUUUGGCUUGAGCUCAGUCUGGCCCCUAGAGGCCCCCUCUCUUAAACAAGCCAAUGGAGACCUGAGGUUGGGCCCCCACUGGAGGCCCCAGAGCCCAAAAAGUCCCAAGAGUCCCAAGGUCCUGCGCCUUAGUCCCCAGGAAAGCAGUCUGUCGAUGAGAGCCAAGCUCCUGGUGUCGGACAGCAAUGAGAACGGAGAAUCCAAGGAUGACUUUGAGGAGUACAGACCCUCUACGCCAACCUCUCCCCCUGCUCAGAACGGCUCCUCAGUGAAGGACAGCCUGCGGCUUCCUCUACCUCAGGGAGACUCUGGCAGCGAGGAAGGGGGUUACUCCCCGGCUGGCUCCCCCAGGCCUGAGAGGGGUUCCCUCAGUGGCCUGAUCAAGAGCACCCACCGGGCCCUGCUUGGCGGUGGCUCCAUCCUGGCCUCCAUUGGACUAGGUCGAUGCCUGGAUAUCCCACCAAGGGUGCCCCCUCGAACUAACCCCCCGUCCCUUGAGGACCGCACCCCUUCUGAACCGGAGAUCUCAGUUCCAAAGCCCCUUAUUUCAGACCCCCCUGUAGUGGAUGAUCUCAUCACCUUCUCCACCUCUGAGCCGCUCCCAAGGCCACUCUUGGAUUUAACUCUGCAAUACCAAGAACUGAAGCCGUUGCCCCUGACACCGCCUCCGCCGAAUCCCCGCGAGAGGUGUGGCCACCGGACACCGCAGGCGCCACACAGUCCCCAGAGCCCCAGGACCCCCCUGCAGCACAGUGGGGCCAGCCCAGGGGAAUGGAACCCAAGUUUCCAUUUGACCAACGGGGAACUUGGCUAUGAUGCCUCGGAGCACAGAGCUGACAGGAGGAGGAGGUCCAGCCAAGGCCUGCAUGCCUCUCAGCUAGUUUUGGACUUGCCCUUGUGCCAAGACACCCAGGACUCUGAUGACAAGCCUUCAGUGCCCUAUUCUCUCCACCCCAACCCUGCCCUCUGGAGCCCCAAAACCCGCCGCCUGGAGGUCAGCGUCAUCCCCCGACCUCGUCCCUCCCCUAUACGUCCCCGCAUUGACCCUUGGAGCUUCAUCUCAGCCGGUGGUGGGAACUCAGCUGGCGGCCGCAGCCCAAACCGCUCGGACAGCAUCCCUCUGGGAUUCCAGCCCUCCCCUACCAACCCGUUCACCAACUGUGACCCUUUCCCCUCGCCGGACUGCGACCCCUUCGCCCUCAAGGCUGACCCCUCAAGCGCCUCGGACACGGCUUCACCCUUUGACCCCUUCUCGGCGCCUUUUCCUACCUCCCGUUCUGCCCCGUGCUCCACCAAUGGCUCGCCCACGCUGCCCUCGUUUCGCAUAGCGCCCCUCAACCCAGCCGACUCGCCCCUCAUUGACCUGGGAUGGGCGGCCUGCGGCAAGCCCCUGGAUAGCACCAAAGAGAGAGCUCACCCCCGCAGGACACUGGGGCUCAAGCCCUUCAAGUCCCCGACGCAACUCAGAGAUGACAGGUUCUAAACCGGCCUCGCCACCAUGGCACAAGGCCAACUCUCACUUACAGAUUUUAAAAACUUUUGGUUUUUAUCACAGGGACAUAGUCCGGGACCCUUUCCACUACUUUGUCCUACAUUUUAACAAGGAUUUGGAAUCUUAAAAAAAACGCACACUCAUCAUUCAACCCACUGAGGGAGGUCUCCCUUAUGGGAGCCCCAAUCAUUGCAGGUCCUAUUUAUAUGCCAGCCUGCUGCUUUGGGAACCUGAAAGCCAGUAAAAGAUGGUCCAUUGGAUUGUGGGAUAGCUGCCUGUGAACCAAUAGCUGGUGCCCAUUUCAUUCUCCCUCUCUAUCUCUGUUUCUCUAUCCCUUUGAAGGAGCAGAACACAGAUCACUAGUCCCAUCUUCAGAUUUAUCAGACUGCUCAUAUCACCUGCUUUCAUCUCCCCCUACCUUUGAAGCAUUGUGACAAUGCAGAGGUGGAUAAGGCGACUUGCACAGCUUCAUCUGCCUCUACCUCUCUGCAGACUGAAAGCAUUCAGGACAAUGGAAAAUUGGAGUGCCUUAUUUCGUGAAGUGUUUUUAAUAUAUAUCUUUUCAAGGUUCCUUGAAUGGUUAAUCUGGUGCGUAGGGAAGAUGCUAUGAAUUUGGCUUAAAUUUGCAAAGCAGCUUAGCAUUGCUGUGGAAGAAAAUGUUGUGUGUGUGCGUGCGUGUGUGCAUGUGUGUCUAGACUCAUUGUUCAAGGAAAGCUUACUGUUUUUUUGUUUUUUUUUUAAACAGCGUCUGCCUGUUGCAUUAUGGGAGAAAACACUCAGAGUGAAUAUUCCAGGCCACUCAUGAAAUUCAAGACAAAACCAUGACCCAUGCAUUCCACUUGGAAGCAGAUAACAUUCCAGUCACAUUCCCCGGGAAAUGCCAGGGAUUGGACAGAUUCAUGCGGCUGGCAGUGCGACAGAGCACAGGAAACAAGACGGGGGAGCCCUCCGCAUUCCCUUCAUAUGCCAAAGAAUGCCACUGUGACAGUGUAAGGGCUGGGACAAAGAGUAUUUGCAAAUGAGUUGUUUUUACCUCCAUGGAGUGCCAGACGGGUGGGGUUUGCCUCACUGGACAGCACAGAUAGUGUGAAAGUUGAUUCAAUCACAGACAGUAUUUAAACACAAGUUAAAUAUACUUUUCUGUGAUUAUUUAGCUUAUUUGACACUAUCCAGACUUUCCUACCACCACCCCUCUGAUGCUUUAGGAAGGUUCAGCCAAAUACUUAAAAGUAUUUGCAAAUGCUACAAUAUGUAGGAAGUAUAGAGGUGUCAUUGAUUAAUUUGUACACUUCACCAGAAUAGUAGUAGCCUCACAAAGCCAGCCCACAAUUCUACAGAUGGACUCGCUAGGUUGCCAUUAGCCCCUUCCUUUAGCUAGAAAAAAUAUUGUUCUGGAUGUUUCAUUCUUCUGAAUGGAUCCAUAAAAAUUAGUUUAUGAAUAAAUAUAAGAAAGACAGGCAGCAAAGAGGCAAAAUCAUGCUUCAUUUUACCUUUGUAUAACACCUCCUUUUAAAGGAAUAAUUCAACAAUUUGGGAACUAUGUUGAACUCUGUUCAAUAUGAAGCUUGAGCCAGAAGAGAGUUUAGCUUAGCAUAAAGACUGGAAAAACGUACCACCACCUAUAAAGCUCACCAAUUGUCAUGUCUUGUCUCAUAGUUAAAACUGAGCUGGUGAGUUGUAGUCUGGCUUUGCGAGGCUAGAGUAGCAGGGCCCCAAAACAAAUUUCCCUCCCUUUUUCUGUUAAAAAUCCACCCAAAAACACAGUUAAAAUGAUCUGGUAGGAUCCUGUGGAUUAGUGGUCGAAUAUAGUUGAGAUGUCAAGUUGACAUACUUCCAGCACAAUAAUACAGAUAGAAAUCCAAUCUGUAGAAACUGAAAUAUAUAUAUAUAAGACCAGAAUAGGCUGCAGCUACAACUGGAAAAAACUUGCCCUCCCACUGAUAGCUCCACUUAAUAAGUAACAUGUUCAGGCACUCUCUCAGGGGGUUUUCAGAAAGUAUACCGGGCAAUGUAUGAAAUGACUAACAGAAGUAGAUGAAGCAGGGAAAAGUGGCUGUAGCAACAAACAAUUCAUUAAAAAAAUAACUCCUGCAAUAUUUUGAACAUCACAAACAUGAUGCCUAACAAUAUCCAAGCAUCCAUUUUCUUAAAUGGCACUCAACUGGUGUAGGUCAAGCAUGUAAGCAACUGAAAGAGAUCCACUCACACACUGCACUGUCCUGUCACACCGUUUCUUUACUUCAGCAUUAUGAGGGACAAAUACUGAUUGGGUUCAUCAUUGACACCGUGUCAUUGGAAGACAAUAACGGCUUUGUUCUGAUGAAGAGUGAAAAUCUCGUCUCCAAAGGGGGAAAGCUUUGUGAUUAGCCUAAUAAUCCUACAGACGAACAGAGGAGGCUGAUAGUGAUAAUUAGCCUCUUGAUAAGAGCAGAGAGCAUUAACAAAGCGUUGAGAUAUUUGGUUAAUUAAUUUGCCCCAACAUUACGAAAAUGCCCUGCGUCUUGCUUGCAAGGUGUCGAGUUGCUUCCUGCAUCAGUUCAUAUUUCGAUAUAAGCAGUGCCCUUUUUUCUUUUUUGCAUAAAGCUUCAAAGACAGGUUUUCCUGUCUCUCCCCUCCAUCGCUCCUUUUUCUCUGUUGCCACUGGCUGCUCAGCUGCUGACCAGAUGAAAUCUCCACCGUUGAGCCUUCCUCUAUGUCCUUCCCCCUCAGGUGAUGUGGAAGAUUUCUUUCUUUCUUUCUUUCUUUCUUCUUACUCCUAUUCCUUUGCUUUUUUUCUUCUCCGGAAAGUUUUCUUGAGGGCAGUUUUGUCCUGACACUGCAGAGCCUUCAAUUCAAUAACGGCCAGGUUUCUAUCCAGGAAAAAGAAAUGACAUUUGUUCUAGGAUGGAGCCCAUUUACAGAGGAGUGCUCAUUUUACAGAGGCAGGUGAAUUCGGUUUGAAAUUGAAACAGGAACUUUAUUGUGUAUUUCUAUGGCACAUUAAUGUGUCGAAUCAUCAUCCACAGGACAUCUGAGGAAUACUGAACAGUAGCAAAGAGACACACUGCUUGUUGAGGUCUCAGAAUGCUUCAAAUGAAAUAGGUUAUAUGGCAUGAUGUCAGACCAGGCUUUAAGGCAAACAUGCAUAAUGAAUUGUAUGAAUGGGGAAAACAAUGCUCACUAUUAGACAGUCUCUCCUCGAAAGGUUCAUGGUGUUGCAUUUGGUUAUACACACAAAAAAUGACGGAAGUGGUUGUGUCAGGAGUGAAAAAAGAGCUUGAGAGAGAAACACUGCCUACUCUCAAACCUCGGCGCACCCGGCAAUUUCUGCGUCAAGUGGGCAUGAUUAUCUGAUUGCACGUUUCAGAAAGGUACAAAAAUUGUUGGCUGCAGCCCCCAGAUUAUGAUGUUGUAAAGGUUAUUCUAGACACUGUUCAGGUGAUCUGAAGAAGUUUGUUUGAAGCCGUAAGUCUGAGGAGCUACUUGAUUUUAACAACGGUGGCGUCGUAGUCUGUAACUCUUUGAAACAUAGAUGCAUCUUAUAGAUAAACAUUGGUAAAAGCAAGAAUAUAAGCACUCUAAGGCCACUAUUCAGAAUAUUACAGGAUCACCCAAACACAGGAAUUCACCCAACUGCUUCUCCAAAGUUGUUUUAUGUUGACGUUUAGCCCUGUCCAACACUCCUGCCGUCAUCUAGACAUGAGCAGUGUGGUUCGUCCGUCAUGGUGUGCAGAGGGAGGAGGUUUAAUAUAGAAUUUGUCUUUCUCAGCAGUGUUCCCUACCUUCCUCCUCUGUCUGCCCUCACCACCAACAUUUUACAGAAGUGACAAGUGAUGAGUUAUUGCUUCGUCUCCCCCCGUGUCAACACACAAAGCCACAAGAGCUAUCCUCUGAUAGUCAUUAGACUCGGAUAGAUGUUAUUGUCAACCGAGCUCUGUGAGGAGAAAAGAUACAUGAAGGAAAUUGAGAUGAUUGAAACCUCUGGCAGAUUAUUUCUGUCACAAAUUCUGUGUGUGUGUCAAGUAUCCACUUCAACCUGCCACUCAUGUCUUGUCUGUAUGUUCUCUCAGCGCUAGACUUUAAUUGUACCCCAAACCCGAUGUUGAAAAGUGUUACCUGUCAUUUUCCAUCAAGCGUGCGCAAUAAGUAAUUGACUUGAUGAAAUAUUACUUGCAAAAACAGCAGUCACAGAGCUUUUCAGGUAUAAUUAAGUUAAGUGGGAAUUAUUUUCCUCUUGGUAAUAACUUCUAAAAGUGGUUCAGUUGAAGUGGUGAGAAACCCACUUACUUUAAAAAUGACCCGUGCAUGGAAAUACUGUAGAAUACUCAAAAUGUUUGUUUUCCGGCUCUUCAGGUGUAAUCUGAAUCUGACAAAACUCCUUGGUUGCUGUGGGAAUGAGCAAGACAGGUUUUAGGAAGUCUUUUGUGGACAGGGAUGUCCGAUUUUUGGUUUUGGCUGUCAGUUGUUGGAACCGUAGCUGCCACUCGCCUGCCGGAACUGACAGCCAGCACUCCAAUAAGAAACUCCUGAUGAGUUGUUUGUGACGCUCUGCUCUUCCAGGCAUCGCCCCAUCCGUCAUUACAAAUCAGCGUCCAGAGUACAAACUGACAGGGAGAAUGUAAGUGAAUUCUCCACAGGAGAGCUGAACUAGAGUGAUAUCUGGCCACCGGCAAUCAACUUUCAGCCCCAAAGUGGCAGGGAGCAGGCAUGAUUUGAUGAUCUUAAUUCAAAGUUGAAACUCUGACCAUUUUCCCCUAAUCCGUCAAUAUCAAAGGGUCAGUACAUUACAUGAAUGAAAGCUAAUGAGACUGCACAAUGGAGGAACCCAAGGCUCUGACCCUCCUCAUGCCAGAAGGCUACUUUUGAGCAGUAGUUGUUUUUUAGAAUUUCAAAGGUGAAAAAUCAGAGCCAUUAUGCAGAAGAAAAGAACAGCAUGUUGCAAGCUAAUAAUUUACUGGCUUUGUGAAGGUGGUUACAUGAAGUAAAUGAUUAAUAGUGGAAAGUGUUGCCUAAUGCAACCAUUGGACUUAUACAUGCACUUAAAGCCUAAUUUGUGAACAACAGACAUAUUUACAUGCAUACUAAUUAUGUGAUUUACCUUGAUUAAUCCAUUGAUUCCGCUAUAGCAGUACUCGUGUGAAUGCCUUAAUGAUUUCCAUGGGGCUCAUACCGCCUGAGGGCGUUCAGUAAUCUGUAAUAACCUUUGAAAUAAUAGUGCCAACCCCUUACAAACCUGCCACAUCUGUAAUUUUUUAGGUCAAAAUUCUGGUGCAAACACGUACCUUCUGUUGGAAGUGGACAUUCCCUAGUAAUUGUAAUCUAUCCCUUGUCAAAUGCAAGAUUACACUGAUGUUGGUGCGUCAUUUCGUGUGUUGUAUGAAGCCCCAAAACUGACAAAAUGUAGUAAAAAACAUGUCAUAUAUGUAAGUCAAAUACAUAUGUGACAUAUAUACAUAUAACGUAAUAUAAGUCAAAAAUGUAACUAAAAUCAUCAAUUAAUAACAUUGUUAGUUAGAUAAUUGAGAUAGUGUAAUUAAGAGAUUUAUACUUUUCGUUUAAUCUUUAAUCAGCUGUUU